AUGAUUUUCGGGGGGAACAAGAUUAAUGUGGUUACAUUUUCGGCGGCGAAAAAGACGAAGGUAUCAGUGACCCAUAGCAAAAGACCCUGGGAUGUUAUUGAAGACGAUAUUACUUUUGCGGAUGAAGACACGGAUGGACUGUUGCUACCACAUUUGGUAAUCUCUCUAAAUGUGUUAGAUUUUAAGAUUAAACAUGUUCUGGAGGAUCCAAGAAGUUCGGCCAAUAUUAUCCAAUGGAGAGUGUUGGAGAAAGACAAGCUCACUGGAAGUAUCAUUCCAGCCACAAAACUCCUCACCAGGUUCAAUCUAGCAAGCAUGACAACUCGGGAAGAGAUCUUGCUGCCCACGAAUGCUGAGGGGGUGAUGAAGAUGACCCUUUUCGAGGUAGUGGGCGGCGAUAUGAGUUAUAAUAUCAUUCUGGGGAGACCAUGGUUGCACGAAAUGAAGGUCGUGCCAUCAAUAUAUCAUCAGUUGCUAAAAUUUCCAACUCCUGAGGGAGUUAAACAAAUAAGAGGUGACCAACCGGCGACAAGGGAGAUGAAUUCAAUCUCAAUCUCUAGUAGGAAAGGGAAGGAGCAUGAGGCAUAG